UCUCUCUCUUUCUCUCUCUCACAUUACAAUUUACAUGGAUGUCCAUAGAAGCACCCGUGACUUCUUAACUCUGUCUAGACUGUCAUUGAUUCUCCAAUUCAGCAUAACUUUCCACCUAAAACAAAAGCCAUUCUCUACAUAUAUAAACCAAACCAAGCACAAGCACAAGCCUUUCUCUAUAUAUAAAAGCACUUGGAAUUCCAAACUAAUUGACAUACUCUCUAUUACUCUUUAUACUCAUAUUCUCUCCUCCUCAUUUCAGUCCCAAUUCUUUUUUCUGUUUUAAAAUUAAAUGCCAACAUUCCAACACAUUUUCUAUGUUAUUAUUGUUCUUCUUCUCUUCAAUUCAACCCAAACACAAUGCCACAGCAAGGGACUUCGACCUGGGAAUUCAGCUGGGAAAGCACAUUUGACCAAGAACAUGACACAAGCCCAAUUCUCAGAACAGCAAUUCAUGAAGUGGGUGAGGUUUGUUGGAAGGCUGAAGCACUCUGUGUUCAAGACAGCCAAAAAUAAGCUCUUCCCUUCUUACACUCUGCAUGUGGCUAAGAACCGUGCUGCUGGAGACUUCACAACCAUUCAGGACGCCAUUGACUCUCUCCCUUUCAUCAAUCUCUUGAGAGUGGUCAUCAAGGUCCAUGCAGGGGUCUACACGGAGAAGGUUAAUAUACCUCCAUUGAAAUCAUAUAUAACCAUAGAAGGAGCAGGGGCAGACAAAACAAUUGUCCAAUGGGGAGACACUGCUCAAACACCAUCUGGUCCAAAGAAACAACCUAUGGGGACUUACAAUUCUGCAACUUUUGCUGUGAAUUCUCCUUAUUUCAUUGCCAAGAACAUCACAUUCAAGAACACUACACCAGUCCCAGCACCAGGAGCAAUUGGUAAGCAGGCAGUGGCAUUUAGAAUAUCAGCAGAUACAGCAGCCUUCUUGGGGUGCAAAUUCUUGGGGGCACAAGAUACACUCUAUGAUCAUUUGGGAAGGCAUUAUUACAAGGAUUGCUACAUUGAAGGUUCAGUGGACUUCAUCUUUGGAAAUGGACUCUCCCUAUUUGAGGGAUGUCACGUGCACGCAAUAGCACAGAACAUAGGAGCGCUCACAGCACAAGGCAGGAGCAGCCUGUUGGAGGAAACGGGCUUCUCAUUUGUAAACUGUAAGGUCACGGGCUCAGGAGCACUCUAUCUUGGUAGGGCAUGGGGUCCUUUCUCCAGGGUGGUCUUUGCAUACACAUAUAUGGACAACAUUAUCAUGCCUAAAGGCUGGUAUAACUGGGGCGACCCUAACCGUGAAAUGACUGUGUUUUAUGGGCAAUACAAGUGCACUGGACCAGGAGCUCGCUUUGCAGGGAGGGUUUCGUGGUCUAGAGAGCUCACUGAUGAGGAAGCCAAGCCUUUUAUUUCCCUUACCUUCAUAGAUGGCUCUGAGUGGAUCAAAUUGUAAUGAUUGAUCAACUAAAAUACCAAAAUUAUUUUUUCAAAUAAAAAG